AAUAAAAACCCUCAAUUUUGAAGAAAAUUUUUUAUAAAAAAUGGAAAUUCGCUAAAAAUGGAAAAUAAAUGUCUGUGCCUCAUCUAAAAAGACUAGUAGAACAAUUUCAAAGUGAUUUUGAAUCAAUAUGUCACAUGACCUGGAGGCUAUUGAAUAAAAACCCUCAAUUUUGACCCGAAAAAUUCCUAAAAAAAUGGAAAAUUAUUUAAAAAGGAAAAUAAAUGAUUGUGCCUCAUCUAUACAGACUACUCCAAUUAUUUCAAAGUGAUUCUGAGUCAACAGAUCACAUGACCUGGAAGCUAUUGAAUAAAAACCCUCAAUUUUGAUGAAAAAAAAAUCCUAAAACAUAAAAAUUGGCUCAAAAUGGAAAACAAAUGUCUGUGCCUCAUCUAUACAGACUAGUAGAACAAUUUCAAAGUGAUUCUGAGUCAUUAGGUCAAAUGACCUGAAAGCUAUUGAAGAAAACAUAAUAUUGUUUAAUAUUAAAAUUAUUGAAACAUUGUAUAUGACUUUAAAAUUUUAUGCUAUUUUGGCUCAUGUAAAAGCAUGAAUUAUCACUGACAAUUAGUUAGUUGGUUACAAUUCAAGGCAUUUAUUAACAUUUCUUUGACAGGAAUGUUUGGUUCGGUAAUUUGUUGAUAGUCCCUAAGUGAACCUUGGGGUGCUGCGGCCGGGAGCGGUGGAGAACCGCUGGCCGACAUUAGCGUUCAUAAAUCGGAUCAAACUUGAGCUAAACGCCGCUUACUCCGCGGAGCUCGAAUAUCCAACUUGAAACUAACUUCACUGCUGUUUCAUUUCUCCAAAUUUUCCACGCUGACGCAAAAAAAAAAAAAAGAAAAAAAAGAAAGCUUCAAAACCAAAUUAGAAACUUUAGCACAAUAUCUGAACGUGGAACAUUUAAUUACGUAAAUACAUAAUCAUAAUAUGACAGGUCACAAAUUCUGUCAGAGAGCGGAAACUUUAGAAGAGGGGGUGUCCUCUUGUCACAGGAUGUUUUCUCUCACGGCAGAGAGGUUCAGUCACAACCGUGGGUGAGUGUUAGAGGCAGAACGAGUAGAACACGUGCGUGGAAAAGCAGGGUCGGUUGUAUCCCAGAGGACGAAUCCAACUUUAGAGCUUUGGUUGAUGCAGAAAAGUUGCUCAUCUGGAAGAAAUCUGCACGUUGUCCACGCAAAGAGAAAACCACGAUGGGAGUUUGCUGGAUGCUCAUGAUCUUACUGAGUUGCAUGUUACCUCAUGCUUCUCUGCACCAAAGCCCCAAGGAUACACUACGAGUUUGCAGCUUACCACAGAAUCCAGAUCUUGAAAUCCGUUGCCAGAAUGCACAAAGCCACCAGCCUGUGUUUAUACCAUGCCCAAACGUGUCUAUCGAAGUUGGGAAGUUUCAACUUUUCAAAAACCAAACCAUUCUUUGCCAGCUAGGCACUAAUAACCUAAUGGUUUGUAACCAAACGAAAAUAAAAGUCCAACCAUGUAAAAGCGAGUCAAAUCAAAUUGUAGGUUUCAACCUUUUUGGACCAGAGAUAGCCAGAGACCAAGCAAUCUACAGAUGUAAUGCUAUAAUUCAUUUCCCUCCUCCUUAUGUACUGAAACAAAGUAAUGAGAGGAUCAUAAUCUUUACAGAGGAUCACUGCUCGUGUAACAAAGACAAAGGGCCAGUAGAAGAAAGCCAAGGAUUAUUAUGGGUUUGGAUCGCAGCAGUUUCACUUCUCAGCACCUACGGCUUAGCAAUCACCAUCGUUGCUUCAAUCAACUGGCUCAAGAUGAAAGAGGCAGAAAAUCAGAAUGACUACAUGAACACCAAACCCAAAGCACCCCGGAACCGUAAGAAGAAAGGGCUUCAGACUCCCAUACCAAGACACUUCUGAAUCCUGACUGGCUCUU